AACAAACAGCCACUGACUUUACCUUUAGUGUUCUAGUGUAGUGUCGCGGGGGUUACCUAUCUAUUAACCUAAUCUCUGUCCUUGGCCAUUUCUCUCCACUUUGCUAUAACUGUGUAGGUUUCUCUUAACUCUCCAAAACAAUCAAUCAACCAUCACCAUGGAAGGAGAUGCUGCUGCUGUCACUGACUUUCAAGACUGGGAGCUCCUAGCCAACUCUGACUCGGACCUGGUUAACUCACCCAUCUCAGUGGCUGAUUCUUCCAGGAGUUUUGAAGAGAUUGUGGCUGAUACCGAAGGUAUGUUCAGGUUAGAUUACUUCUCUCUCGAAAAUGAUAAUAGGUAUGUUAAAACUACUCUCGAUGCUACUGAUGAAGGUUCUGUUGAGUCUGAUAAUCCAAGCUGUAUCGAUCCCGGCUCAGAAACUCGGUUCCAGAGGAGGAACUCUGUUGAGUUCUGGCCUGACUCUGGUAGUGAUCGAUCUGAUGAUCGCAAAUUAGGUGACUUUGACGUGAAAAAUGAAUUGGGCGUGGUGGAAAAUGAAAGGACUGAUGUGGGUUUUGAAGAGAUUGGGGAGAUUGAGGCUAAAGAAGGGAAGUUUGAGUCACUUGAGGGUAAAGUUAGCAACUUUGAAAGGAAAAGUGAACUGGGUUUUGAAGAGAAUGUGAAGGUUCACGUGGGUUUUGAAGGAUUUGGGGAGACUCAAAGUAAGGAUAAGGAACUGGUUAAGUUCUGGUCUGAUUCUGGUGGUGAUGAUUUGUUUUCUGGUGAUGUCGGGAAGGAUCAAGUUGGGUCCGAGAUUUUGGGUGAAUCUGAAGGUGAAAAUGAGUCCAAAGAUGUGAAUUUGAGUGUUGUUGCAGUAGGAGAAACGAAGCCUGGUGAUGAGGUGGAGAAGAGGAAGGUGGUGUUGUGGAAAGUUCCUUUUGAGAUGUUGAGGUAUUGUUUUUUCAGGUUUAGUCCUGUUUGGUCAGUCUCUGUGGCUGCAGCUGUGAUGGGAUUUGUUAUAUUGGGCCGGAGAUUGUACAAGAUGAAGCGAAAGACAAAGAGCUUGCAGCUUAAGGUUACUGUGGAUGAUAAGAAGGUGUCACAUUUUAUGAGUCGUGCUGCACGUCUAAAUGAAACAUUUUCAGUUGUGAGAAGGGUCCCUAUUGUACGACCCUUAUUCCCAGCAGCUGGGGUGAAUCCAUGGCCUGUGAUGAGUUUGAGAUAGGAAUAUUUUUGUUACGUAGGUGUAAUGGGGAAGCAUCAUCUGAGCGUGUUAAUCAAUGACUAAAUGCUUGUCUAGCUUUGCUUUGUAUGUAGCUGGACUGGAGUGCUUCGGAUUUACAUGUGUACGAACUUGAAAGGUUUUAAAAUGUGUAUAAGCUCCAGACUGUGAUUUCUGAACAUGGUCCUGUAUCAUUGUGUUCAUAUUAUAUCAUGGAUAAUAAAUUCUGGACUUUUUGCUUGGUCA